AAUCAACCGCUGGGAAUUCAGAUCUCCUUAAUAAUUUCCCUCUCCGUUGAGAAGCUGAAGCCCUUAUUGCGAAAACCCCGUUUUCUUUUCUCCAGCAUGUCGGAAAGCUGGCAACAGCAGCCGGCCCCUCCGCAACAGCCGCCGCACCACGCCGGGGCAGCUGCUCUCCCGGAGCAUCCCAUCCCAUCGAGCGCGGUGGGUGAGAACCCCUUAGGCUGCGCCGUCUACGGCAUCCUGCUCCAGCCGGAGCCCAGCAGCCUUCAGCACCACCCGCCCAUCCCCGCCAGCAGCGGGGAGCCCUCUGCCAAAUGCGGCGUGUGCGGCCAUGACUUGGCCCACCUCUCCAACCCCCAGGAGCACCAGUGUCUGCAGGGGGGCCACGACCGGUCCUUCCAGUGCACCCAGUGCCUGAAGAUCUUCCACCAGGCCACGGACCUCCUGGAGCACCAGUGCCUGCAAGUGGAGCAGAAGCCGUUUGUCUGCGGCGUCUGCAAGAUGGGCUUCUCCCUCCUCACGUCGCUGGCUCAGCACCACAACGUCCACAACGGCAGCGCCGCCGUCAAGUGCUCCAUCUGCGAGAAGACCUACAAGGCGGCGGCUGUGGCAGCAGCACCUGAGGAGCCGGCGCCACCCCAGCAGCCUGCUGCGCUCAACCGGACCCCCAUGGAGAAGCCCUACAGCUGCUCCAUCUGCCAGAAGCCCUUCAAGCACCUCUCGGAGCUGUCGCGCCACGAGCGGGUGCACACCGGGGAGAAGCCUUACAAGUGCAGCCUCUGCGACAAGAGCUUCAGCCAGUCGUCCCACCUGGUGCACCACAAGCGCACGCACAGCGCCGAGCGGCCUUAUAAAUGCACCGUGUGCGAGAAGGCCUUCAAGCACCGCUCCCACCUGGUGCGUCACAUGUAUGCCCACUCGGGCGAGGCGCAUCUCUUCCGCUGCAACGUCUGCGAGCUGCACUUCAAGGAGUCGUCGGAGCUUCUGCAGCACCCCUGCACCCCCAGCGGCGAGCGGCCCUUUCGCUGCGGCGCCUGCCACAAGGCAUUCCGCCGGCCCUCGGACCUCCGGCAGCACGAGCGCACGCACAGCACCGAGCGCCCCUUCCAGUGCGACCUCUGCCAGAUGAGCUUCAAGCAGCAGUACGCGCUGAUGCGCCACCGCCGCACGCACAAGACGGCAGCUCCGACCACCUCCACGGAGCAGGAGCCGCAGGCGCCCCCCUUCAAGUGUUCUUUGUGCGAGAAGGGCUUCGUGCAGCCGGCUCACCUGCUCUAUCACCAGCAUGUCCACGGCAUUGAGAACCUGUUCAAGUGUAACGCGUGCCAGAAGGGCUUCAGCCAGUCCUCGGAGCUGCUGCGCCACCGCUGUGUCCAGAGCGCCGAGCGGCCCUUCAAGUGCGCCGUGUGUAGUAAGGCCUACAAGCGGGCGUCCGCCCUCCAGAAGCACCAGCUGGCCUCGCACUGCGCGGAGAAGCCCCUCCGCUGCACCCUGUGCGAGAGGCGCUUCUUCUCGUCGUCGGAAUUUGUGCAGCACCGUUGCGACCCUGCCCGCGAGCGGCCCCUCAAGUGCCCGGACUGCCAGAAGCGCUUCAAGUACGCCUCUGACCUGCAGCGCCACCGGCGGGUUCACACCGGGGAGAAGCCUUACAAGUGCCCGGCUUGCGAGAAGGCCUUCAAGCAGCGGGAGCACCUGAACAAGCACCACGGGGUCCACACCCGGGAGCAACACUACAAGUGCAUGUGGUGCGGUGAGCGCUUCCUGGACCUGGGCCUGCUGCAGGAGCACAGUGCGCAGCACACGUCUGCCGAGAACGCCUACCCGGUCGCGCCCUGCCUGCCUUGACCAGCUGCCCUGGGUGGCUGAUGGGUCAUACCAA